AUGAAUUGGCUGUUUCUGGUCUCCGUGAUCUUCUUCUGCGGCGUGUCAACACAUCCUGCCCUUGCAAUGUCAACUAACAGAUUGCUAAAGCUGGCAAAAAAGUCUCCCAAGAACAUCAUACCACUGAAGGAUUCAAGCUUCGAGAAUAUCCUGGCGCCUCCUCAUGAAAAUGCCUAUAUAGUCGCUCUAUUUACUGCCACAGCGCCCGAAAUUGGCUGCUCCUUGUGUCUCGAAUUGGAGUCCGAAUACGAAACCAUAGUUACUUCCUGGUUUGACGAUCAUCCAGAUGCCAAAUCCGCUGGUUCCGAUACAUCCAUCUUUUUCACAAAGGUCAAUUUGGAGGACCCUUCCAAGACGAUUCCAAAAGCGUUCCAGUUUUUCCAACUAAAUAAUGUUCCUAGAUUGUUCAUCUUCAAACCAAACUCCGCUUCUAUUCUCGACCACAGCAUUAUCAAUAUCUCCACUGAUGCUGGUCCAGAAAGAAUGAAGCAAAUCAUACAUGCCAUUAAACAGCUUUCGCAAGUAAACGACUUCACCUUGCACUUGCCUAUGGACUGGACUCCGAUUAUUACCUCCACAAUAAUCACAUUCAUUACCGUUUUGCUAUUCAAAAAGCAGUCUAAACUCAUGUUUUCCAUUAUGACUUCUAGAAUUGUCUGGGCAACUUUGUCCACUUUCUUUAUCAUCUGUAUGAUCAGUGCCUACAUGUUCAACCAAAUUAGAAACACCCAACUGGCAGGCGUUGGCCCCAAGGGCGAAGUCAUGUAUUUCUUGCCCAACGAAUUCCAGCACCAAUUUGCCAUCGAAACUCAGGUCAUGGCCCUUAUCUACGGAUCAUUAGCUACGUUGGUUGUCGUGUUGGUCAAAGGUAUACCAUUCCUACGCUCCCACCUGUAUCCAGACGCCAAGAAAUCGUACUUCAUCGAUGCUGUCUUGGCCUCUCUUUGCGCAUUGUUUAUUUACGUCUUCUUCGCUGCCUUGACCACCGUCUUUUCGAUAAAGAGUCCCGCUUAUCCUUUCCCUUUACUAAGACUAUCGGCACCUUUUAAAUGA